AUGAUAACUGUUUCUGAACAAACGACUUCUUCUGAAAUCGUGCCUCUGAUAUCUGUUCCUCCUGUGGAAUGCCACGAUGAUAAUUCUACGACAUCUGCAAGGUCUUCUGCAGAAACACUUCAAUAUAAAGAUGUUUUCGGGCCUACUAACAAUAGUAAGAUAGAAAGGAGCAGUGAAAAAUGUGGCACUAAGCAAAAUCAGGACCUGCUUUCUAAAUGCGCUAUUAGUGACUUAACUUCUGCGCAUAAAACUCCGACCAAAGUCACACCUUUGACAUCUUCUGCUAUUGCAGUAGAUCAAAACGAGAUAAUACCAUCUUCAUCUACUGCAAGUUUUGCUCAUCACAUGCUUAAUAAAGGAAUUCUGGUGCCAUCACCGUUUAAGAAGGCUCUAUUUUGGCCAGAACCGACACAAAAGAAACGUAAAAUAUCCAAAGAAAAAAUACCAUCAGCUAUUACAAAGAAGAAAGAGUUAAAAGAAAAAGCCAUAAUUGAAAAACAAAAGAAUACGAGUAGACGUAAAGAAAACAUGAAGAAACGCAGACAUGUCUCUAUCACUUCCAGUGAAUCGGAUGUUGUAAGUGAUGUGACAUAUGCGGAGACAGGAGGAAGUGAAAUAGACACACCAGAUGAAUCUGAUGAAGAUCUAACACUUAUGGACUUGAAGCUAAAAAACACUAUGAAUGAAAAUGGCAAUAACAAUCAAAGGCAAUCAGAUAUUCAAGGCGACUCGAUUUCACUUCCGCUGUCCUUAGAACAAGCUGAUGCAAAAACGUCAGAUGAAGAUAUAGUAUCACCUAAAGUUAUAGUAGAGCAGUUGCCUUAUAACUUUUCUGUUACAUCAGAUGAAAAUUUAAAUGAAAAGUUGCGUUGUGGAAUUAAUACUUCCGUUUCUUGCAACGUUUCUGCUAACGAUUAUGUAAUAGUUAUUUGGAAUGAAAGGAAAUACCCAGAACAAAUUGUUUCUGUGACUGAAGAAGGGGCGCUAGUAUCUUGCCUUAAAAAAUCCAAAGAAUUUUGGCGCUGGCCUGUGAUAAAAGACUUACAACUGUAUAGUUGGGAUAGUAUUGUAUGCCAAAUAGCAAUUCCUAAGUUUGCAAAAAAAGGCUGUUUUAUUAUUCCAGAAAUGGAUAAUGUAUAA